AUGCAGAACUACCUCCUCCUCAAGCAUGGAGGUGGUUAUAUUUUGGGCCUCGUUACUUGCCCUGAUCCGUCCCUGGACCCCUCCAGUGCAAGUCACUGGGACCUUGUUAAGGUUGUUCUCAAGGAGGUUACUCAAAGGGCUUCGGCUUCAGCUCGUGUGCUGCACCCCUUACCCGAGUACGUGCCCUUAAUUUCCAAGGGGCAGAGGGGAAGUCUGGAGGUCAGACGUCAGGGGAGUUCGGCAGAACUCUGGAAGAUUAUGAGAGAAUGGAAACCACUGCUCCUCAAGUCGGUGCCCCCAUCAGACAUCACGGAACCCACCAGAACAUAUCCAGGGUUUACCUGGAAUGAAGAACAUCAUGCGCUUGUAAAGCCCAACAAAAAAGGCACACUCCAUACCAUCUACGAGUGGAGAGGAUUUCUAAAGACCAAAGCACCUGUCAACCAUCACUGGGACUUUUCCACUGAAUCCUGGGUCCACAACAAUUUCCCUGCAUCUUCCUUGAACACCCCAGUACUCCCAGACGCACCACUUCCCCCUGUCAAACCAACUCCCCCAGAACAAGAAGACAUUGACAUAGACUCUGAAUCAGAGCUAUCAGAAGACGAAGACGACGACAUGCCUAAAGUCAUUGGAAACACCCCACCUGCCUUCACCAGCAACACCCGCACCGCCUGUUAG